CCUCAGUGCGUCAGCACUCUGAAAUUAAUGAAGAAAAAACACGGAUCAAUCAGUGUGACUGCAGAGAGAGAAAGAGAAGUCUACACAAUUUCAAACCCUGAUGUUUUGCAUAGCCGUUCUUACAUGCACUAGUAGCUGAGAGCACACACUCCUUAAGAUGUAAAGUGAUCCCCCAAACCCCCCCUGGGGCUAUAAAUAAAGAUGAAGGUGAUCUGUCUUCCAGUUUGCAUCUUGGUCUUCCUCUCUGUGAGCCGAGCAGACAACUUUGAGGAGGCGUACAGCAACCUGGAACACUCUAGGACCAUAUACAUCUCGGAAAAUGGACCCCGACUCUCAGUUGAUACAGCACAACCAAAAGUGAUCUCACAACGUGGAGGCAAUGCCACACUGCCGUGCAAGUUCAACCGGGAUCCCACUUCUGUCCCAAAUCCCAAGUUGAGGAUCAAAUGGACUAAACUGACUUCAGACUAUCUCAAGGAAAUUGAUGUGUACGUAGCUAUGGGCUUCCACAAAAAGAGCUAUGGUCGUUUCUAUGGCCGCGUGCACUUGCAGGCUGCCAGCGAGAAUGAUGCCUCGCUGGUCAUCACUGAGAUUACGCUGGAGGAUUAUGGGAACUACAAGUGUGAGGUCAUUGAUGGCUUGGAGGAUGACACAGCGGUUGUAUCCCUUGACCUGCAAGGCAUUGUCUUUCCAUAUUUCCCUCGACUGGGUCGCUACAACCUGAACUUCCAUGAUGCUGAGAAAGCUUGUCACGAUCAGGAUGCCACUGUAGCGUCUUUCGAGCAGCUGUACGAUGCUUGGAGAGAUGGGUUGGACUGGUGCAAUGCAGGGUGGCUCAGUGACGGAUCAGUGCAGUACCCCAUCACCAAAUCCAGAGAGCAAUGUGGAGGCAAAAACACCAUCCCCGGUGUGAGGAAUUAUGGGAUGCGCGACAAGCAAAAAGAACAAUAUGAUGUCUUCUGUUUCACCUCAAACUACAAAGGACGGUUCUACUACUUGAUACACCCUUCCAAGCUCACAUAUGAUGAGGCAGUGCAAGCGUGUCUGAAGGACGACGCUCAGAUCGCUAAAGUCGGCCAGAUGUAUGCCGCGUGGAAGUUGCUGGGCUAUGACCGCUGUGAUGCGGGCUGGCUGGCGGAUGGCAGUGUGCGCUACCCGAUCUCACAGCCUCGCCGACGCUGCAGUCCCACAGAGGCUGCGGUACGCUUUUCUGGAUUCCCCAACAAGAAGCACAAACUCUAUGGCGUCUACUGCUACAAGAGCGAAAACUGAGAUGUUGUACCAGUCGUAAAACUCACAGACUGAAGCAUAACAAUGAAAGGAGUUAGUUAAAAUCCAUUAAAACUGUGACAAAGUCUCUAGAUCCUGUAAUACGAAAUGAUUUGAAGAUACAGUAAGUGAUUGGUGUUUUGUUUUAAGCAAAGGUUGAAAAAGGGACUUCAGUUACCCUAUUCACUAAAAAGCAAGACUUUGCCAAAAGAUGCCAACAAGAAUAGUAUUCAUAGGAUGCCACAGAAAAUAAAUUUGUUUCAGGUCUGAAUGAUCAUUUACAGCAGUGCUGAAGGAAGAGAUAUUUGGCGAGGUAUUGCAGUAGAGAUUCACACUGUGCUCUUCCAUUUAGCAUGCAGUAGCUUGAGGGAUGUGCUAGAAUUGAAUGACAGUAAAGCUUAAACACAUUUAAAUGAUUCUUCUGGGCACUUAGUUUAUCAUUCAAAAACAUCACAUCCCAUUUAAAAGCAUGAUGGAAACAAAAGUUUUCAGUGUGAAAACAAAUUCAAUGAAAGUGCUAAACACCACACAGUCACGGCACAAUGAACACAAUUUUCCCUUCUGUCUUCCUUACAGGGGUGCUAUAAAUGUAUUAUUUUCUAAUAUCAUACCUUUUUUGUUUGUUUGUUUGUUUGAAUACAUUUUAUGUGUGGACCAAACCAUGUUGAGUCUUACAUAAGUCGCAUUGUUAAGAAACAAAAGCAUUGUUCUACGAUUUUUUUAAACUAUUGAAAUAUAAAAGUAGAGUGUUUACAAAUGUAUCUGUUAAUUAUCUUUUUCUUAAAAAUAUGUUUUUUAUAAAAUGGCUCCCCUGUGACUCAGUUUAAGAACAGUUCAUUCUAUCUGCAUACAUGUACUGUACAGUAUUGACCUCAUCACUGUUUAAUGAUCUUUGUGGCCAAAAAGAUGUUCAUACCACAGACUUAAUGAAAAUACCAUUGCAUUUCAAAAGUAAAUAUAGCUUGUUUUUUCAAAUGCUUGUUUUUAUUUUAUAUUUGUGUUCUAUUAUAUUGCAGACCUGAUGUGAUCAAUUCAUGAAACCUAAAAAUAACUAUAGCAAAGGUGCCAAAUUAGUAACUACAAAUUAGUUUGCUAGCAGAAUUUAAAAGAAAAGAAAACACAUGGCCCAGUUUCUAGGUCACAUGAGUAGUUUUAGUCUAUGCAUGUUACUGUUUCCAGGUAUCAAGACUGAUGUGGUCAAAAAGACAUUAGUGUUUCAUAUUGUGUUACGUAGUAAGAAAAAAAUAGUAGAAAAACAGCACAAUGUGAUUUAUUUUCAAUUGUAGAAAAAAUAGACCUGGCAGGUAAAGGUUUACUUGGGAAACAAAGCCCAAAAAAUUGGCACAACAAAGUGCAUAGUAGCAUGCUGCAUUCAACCUUUAACUUGUGAAGCUGUAAACCUCAAAAGAAACAUGAUAAAUCAUGGCAUUUGGCAACACACCAUUAAAAAUAGACUGCCAAGCUAAGACAAAAACAGUUUCAUGAUGUUGUUAUUAUCAAGAAAGUUAACAAAGCCAGUUUAGAACUGAAGUCAUGAAUUUAGCCACUUAAAAUACCAGCUCAAAACUCAAAAUACAAAAUGCAUUCACCCUCAUUUCAUUAUCCAUUUUGGUUUGACUGGCAUCUCUUCGUGUGCCUUGUUUACAAGAUCUGGAUGCCUAGUCAUGCCUUUACAAGCAACAUUUCCCACCCUUGUUAUGUACAUAAAAUACAGUUAAAGGGAUGAUUUGACAGUAUCAGUGUGGAAAACCCUUUGACCCCAAAAAAGUUACAGUAAAUAAACAUUCAGUCAAAUAUAUGUUGUGUGCUUCGUUUUGAAAAAAGCGCAAUGAAAUCAUUUGUAAAGAAAAUAUUAAAUAAUGGAGUUUUAACAUUCACUUGCUGUUUACUGCAGCUUACAAUUAAUACCUGUGGUUGUGGUGUAGUGGGCUAAUGCACACAACUGUUAAUCAGAUGGUCGUUGUUCGAUCCCCACAGCCACCACCAUUGUGUCCUUGAGCAAGGCACUUA